GGUUCCAGGCUUUGGUCAGGCUACGUUUUGUCAGUCAAAUCUGGCAACACUGUUCACCACCAGGUGCUGUUAAUAGACUAUGGCUCUAACAUCAAUGGGAGUCUAUAGGUAGCCUACUUCAUGUUGGUUUGUCAAACCUUAAACUCCAGUUUAGACUUGUAUUUCAUAAACACUGGGCAUGUCUUCCCUGUCUCUGUUAAUGUCGCUGCUGCUGCUGACGACAUCCUUUACAGACAGUUUGGAAGCCUUAAAUCAAACAACGCAGGUGAUAAGAGAGGUUUCCCGGAGAGACACGCCGAUUCUACCGUGGCCGUACCUCCACCUCCCCGAGUUUGUGGAGUCAAGUCUGCCGCUGGUGGAUAAGGAGUAUUUCUCUCCAGCUAAAGGCACCGGACACGAGCCUUUACCCGGGCCCGUGAGGGAGAUCCUGCUCCCGGCUAUGCGGCCCCGCAUCCCUCCGCCCAGCGUCUCGGGAGUCGCCGUGAGGAUUUUGUGCAAACUGAAUAAGAUGUACGUAGUGGUGCAGAAGAGCGUUUUAGGCCCCGGUGAAACGCACCAUCAUCUCAAACUGGGGACGUGCCAUGCCAGCAAAUCUACAAGGGAUUACCUUCAUUUUGAAUAUGACCUGGGCAUGUGUGGAACCAAACGCACGGUGAUUGAUAACAGGGUGGCUUAUUUAAACACACUGCACUAUGACCCACCCAGGCUCCGAGGACCAAUCAGGCGAGCUGUGCCCUUCACCCUACCUGUUGCAUGUUAUUACAACAGAUAUCAGUACUCGUAUAAAAUUGGCUACACACCAAGGAUCCGGAUGCACAAGAUCUUCAGACUGAUGAACAACAGAGCAAAAUUCAGUCUGACACCACGAAACGCUCAGUGGAAAAGGCUUUCUGCCUCGGAUCACUAUGUGCUAGGGAAGCCCAUGUACUUUGAGGCUGAGGCUCCGUACCUAACCCAGGAUGAAAGGCUAUACGUUCACUCUUGUUACGUGACUCCUGAGAAGUCCCACACCUCCACACCUCAGUUCCUAGUUGUGGCAAACUUUGGGUGUAUGGUUGAAAGCAAGGACAAUCGCUCUAGAUUCAUCCCCUACAAAAACAAUGUUGUGAGGUUCUCUGUGGAUGCCUUCUUGUUUAAGGGAAUGACAGGCCAGCAGCUCUACAUGCACUGCAUCAUGUUUGUGGGGGGUUGUGUCCCCUCACCUACAGCCAAGUCCUGCAACUACAACACUGAAGCAGGAAGAUGGGUCGAGCUGUAUGGACCAGACUCGGUAUGCACCUGCUGUGAUUCUAACUGUAGCUCUGAUGCAACCACAGUGACCAAAAUAAUCAGGAGCAGACCGUGGACAAUAGAGCCCAAAGUGAAACCCAGCACAUCCUUCACGAGGAAGACUGUUUCCACCGUAACAAAACGAGCACCACCACGACCAGAGAUGACCAGAGAGGUGACUGAAUGGAGGAUGACUACACAGCCUGAAGUGAUAGCAGUGACUCAGAUGGGUGAGGUGGAGAAGGGGCUGGAACGAUUGUUCCAAGGUGGAGGAGAGGAGUGGGCUCAGGUGGAAGGUGAGGAGAGAUGGGUGAAGGGCUCUGCUGUUGUGGAGGAAGAGGUGGUCACAGAACCGCUCAGGAUAUUUGAAGAAAUCUUUGAUUUUGACAAAUAAAUUUAAUGCUCGAACAGUGAAAAAUUCAGUCUGAAUGGCUUUA